GCGGGGCAGAAUGAGUAGCACAGCGAGCUAACGUGAGCUAGCAGUCAACACCGUAACGUUGACGUUAGCUAACCCCUCGAUGUAGCAAAUAACAGGUGGAGGCUAUCUAACGCAUGGGUGUAGAAAGAGCUAACGACCGUCUGAGAAUGUCCGCAUCGGAGGAGGGAGACUUCACCCCUUUUCUGGAAACAGAGCGGCGCUAACCAGUCCCCCGGUCUAGCUGCUGGUAAUGAUAGACGAGUCUCAGCUGCUGCGUCUGUCAGCCAGUUGAACAACUCUCGCUAACCCAACCAGUCCGACGGGAGUCGAGUCACUCAGGUCUAGAGCGUGACGUACAUGCCAGUAGAUCACAUAGAGCGACGACACGUCUUGAUAUUCCUACGCCAUCGCCGUAGCGUCGUCACUGUGCAGCUUCUAUGUCCUGUAUUUCUAGGUUCCCCCCCCGCGCGUUUAUAUGACGUAUGAGAAACUCACAAACAACAAGCUAGCUGGGGCAGGCAGCUGGUUUUCUCGAUAUCUCGGGUACUCUAUAUUUUACGAGCACACAUUUGUUGGUAUUUAAAAAACAUUAAUCAAACCAAAAAGCACAGCUUCUCACUUGCAGAGUGGAGUACUCGUGUAUUGUGUGCGGAUGCAUGUUGUGGUCAUCGGCUAGCUCGGCUAAAGGCGGAUGGUCGCACAUUGGUGACGCGUCGCGUUUGACAUUGGCGUGAAGCGUGAGCUAAGGGUAAUAACAAGCUGGCACAGUGCUCCCUAUAAUCAUGGCUCUCCGCCUGCUUUCACGAUCCCUUACUGGACUCCUUGUAGAGUCGUCGUCAGUGAUUCAGCCAAGGACUUUUAGUGUAUCUGCUGUUGCACCAGCGAUCCAGAAAAUGUCAAGAGUGCGCGUUGUGGACAACAGCUCUCUUGGAAAUACACCACAUCACCGUCCCCCAAGAGUGAUCCACGUCUACACCAAGAAUGGCGUAGGGAAGGUUGGUGACAGAGUGUUGCUUGCCAUCAAAGGACAGAAGAAGAAAGCUCUAAUCGUUGGACAAAAAAUGCCCGGAGAACGCAUGAAUCCACGCUUUGAUUCAAACAAUGUUGUUCUGAUUGAGGACAAUGGGAACCCUACAGGAACAAGGAUUAAGGUCCCUUUACCCACACAUCUACGUAAAGCGGAGGGAGAUUACUCUAAAGUUCUAGCAAUUGCUAAUUCAUUUGUUUAAUAACACCAUUCUGUACUCUGAUAUGAUAAAUACUGUAUAUUUCACAUCUGCUGGGGGUUUCUAAACAUUUUGUGCAUCAGUGUGUCUUCAAUAAAAGGUAAAGGGAGCAUACAUCCAGCCACAAUUAUCUCUACAGUAUUCUGUUGUCACUUAAUGUAUGGAACGGACUCGAGCCUUUGUCUACAUGCUUGGCAUUUCACGGAGGCCUCUCUGUGCUUACAAUAAAUAUAACCUUUAGCUUAAAGGCAUAGCAA